AUGUCCUCGAUAUCAAAGGAUACAAAUUCAAUUAACUCAUCUUCAUCUCCAUUAAAAGAUAAAAGCGGUCAAUCGGAUCAUACACAAUCGAAACAAGAACAAUCAUCAACGUCCUCAUCACAACAACUAAUAGAAGAUAAUAAUUAUAGACCACAACCAUUGAAUUCAAAUUCAUCAUUAAAUACGAAUCAUCAACAUCAUGAAUCAAUACGAAAUUUAAUUGCAUCUAACUUUAAACAACAAAAUGAUAAACAAAAUCCUAAACCGAAUAACAAAAACCCAUUAGUUUCAUCAUUUCAUUCCCCUGAUUACAAUGCUAAUCCUUUGCUAUCAUCAUAUAAUAGAAAAAAAUCUAAUUCAAUAAGUAAUGGAGUUUUAUCACACUCAAGAUCUUUAAAAAAAGUAAGUUUUUCAAAUUUUAAUUCUAAAAAUACAUCACAAAAUUUUGAAAAUGAAACAAGUUCUUCUUCAAAUGUUUCAAUAGAUAAUACAGAUAAUGAAUCAAGUGAUGGAAAAGAUGAUGAUGAAGAAGAAGAAGACUUAUCAUCUACUGAACAUAAUGAUAAAUUUCAACAAGGUGAUGUGACCCUACGUCGACCUGAUUUUAAUGGUUCACAUUCAUCAGAAAAAAUAACUCGAAAUCAUCUACAUAAUAAUCAACAAAUUAAUGAUGAAGAAAAUUCAAAAAGAUUAGCACAUUUUACAACUAGUGUUACUCCAUCACCAGCAAAUUUAUCACCAGCAAUGUCAUCAGUUGCAUUACAUAAUAAAAGAAAUAGAAUGAAUAAAUCACCAAGAUUUCAAUAUGGUGGUGAAAAAUUAGCAUUAUCAAAAUCUUUAGAUUCUCAAUUAUUAGAUUAUAGUGAUUCAAAUAAUUCAACGACAAGUUUUUUACCGGAAUUUAAUAAACGUCCAUUAACUGAUACUCCAAUGGUUUCACAUGUUGGAUCACCAGAAGUAAGGAAUGAUGAUGAUGGAGAUGAUAAUGACGUACAAUUUGGUGAUGGUGAAGAUGAAAAUUAUUCAGGAGACGAUGAGGAAGAAAAUGAUAAAACUAUAGAAAAUAUAAAACAAACAACAAAAGACGAAAAAGAUUUAAAUAAAUCCAAAAAAAACAUAUCACAUUUAAAUUUAUCUGAAUUAGUGGAUGAUCAAUCAUCUUCAAAUUCUGAAACUGAAUCUAUGAACAGAGCAAGAAAUUCAGCAGCUCAUGCCGGUGCUUCAUUAGUAGGUACUCAAUCAACAUUUACAGGUGAUAUAAGAAGACCAACUUAUGUCCCAGCAUCAUCAACUCCUAAUAUCCUUAAAAAUUCUGAAUUUAUAUCUGAUGAAUUUAAUCGUUCAAGUCUGAUAAGUCCAAUGACUUCAAUAACUGAGGUUGAAAAACAUAAAUUAAAUCAAAAAAGAAAUUCAGAAUUAGAAAAUAAAAAACAAAGAAAUUUAGAAAUUGAAAAAGAACAACAAAAACAAAAAUAUGGAGAUAAAGAAAUAAUACCCAGUGGUAAUAAAAAAUUAAAUAUAACUGAAGAUAUGGCAAAAUUAUUAAAAGAUGUUCCUUCUCAUAUGAAAGAAGAAUUUGAAAAAACUCCAUCAAUUGAACAAUUAAAAAAUUUAUUAUUAACAAAACCACCACCAUCUGCAAGAAAAACUUAUACUUUAAAUAUACCUGGUCAAACUUCUUCAAAAACUUCACCAGAUGGUAAAAUUGCUUCAAUUGAUGUUGGAUCAAAAUUAGUUAUUGUUAUGGUUGGUUUACCAGCAAGAGGUAAAUCAUAUAUAACAAAUAAAUUAACAAGAUAUUUAAAUUGGUUACAACAUGAUUGUAGAGUUUUUAAUGUUGGUAAUACAAGAAGGAAAAGUAAAUUAAACGCAGGACCUGAAAAAAAUCCAUUACCUGAUUCUCAUACACCAACAGAAGCUCAGUCACCAAUUCAAAAUGGAAUAAAUGGAACUAGUAAUAAUAAUAAUAAUAAUAACAGUGAUGUAAAGGCCCUAACAUCAUUUAAACAAGAUUCUGCAGAACAUGAUGCAAAUUUUUUUAAUCCAAAUAAUAAAGCAAGUACAACAUUAAGAGAAAAAUGGGCCAUGGAUACAUUAGAACAAUUAUUAGAUUAUGUUAUAUUAGGUAGUGGAUCAGUUGGAAUAUUUGAUGCAACAAAUUCAACAAAACAUAGAAGAAAAAAAGUUUUAAAAAGAAUUCAAGAAAGAAGUAAAGGAGAAUUAAAAGUUUUAUUUUUAGAAAGUAUAUGUAGUGAUCCUCAAAUUAUUGAAAAUAAUAUAAGAUUAAAAUUAAGUGGACCUGAUUAUAAAAAAAUGGAUCCUGAAAUUGCUUUAAAAGAUUUUGUUGGUAGAUUACAAAAUUAUGAAAAAGCUUAUGAAACUAUUGAUGAAGAAGAAGAAAAAAUUCCAGGAUUUCAAUAUGUUAAAAUGAUUGAUGUUGGUAAAAAAGUUGUUAGUUUUAAUAUCCAAGGAUUUUUAUCAUCUCAAACUAUUUAUUUUUUAUUAAAUUUUAAUUUAUGUGAAAGACAAAUUUGGCUUACAAGACAUGGAGAAAGUAAAGAUAAUGUAAAUGGUAAAAUUGGUGGAGAUUCAAAAUUAACCAAGAGAGGUAAAAAAUUUUCAAAAGCUUUAUCAAAAUUUAUGAAUUUUCAAAGAGAAGAAUUUAGAAAACAACAAUUAGAAAGAUUUUCAACAAGAUUAGAAUUAAAAUAUAAUUCAAUAUUUAAUGAAAAUCAAGAAGAAGAAGAUGUAACUAUGAUUCCUACAGAACCAAAUUUUUGUGUCUGGACUUCAAUGUUGACAAGAUCAGUUGAAACAGGAGAAUAUUUUAAUGAAUCAUUAUAUUCAAUAAAACAAAUGAGAAUGUUAAAUGAAAUUGGAGCAGGAAAAUGUGAAGGUAUGACAUAUGAAGAAAUUCAAAAUAAAUAUCCAAAAGAAUUUCAACAAAGAUUAGAUAAUAAAUUAACUUAUAGAUAUCCUGGAGUUGGAGGAGAAAGUUAUUUAGAUGUUUUAACAAGAUUAAGACCUUUAAUUACUGAAAUUGAAAGAACAACUGAUCAUUUAUUAAUUAUAAGUCAUAGAGUUGUUUUGAGAAUUUUAAUAAGUUAUUUUUUAAAUUUACAACCUUUAGAUAUUGUAACAUUAGAUGUUCCAUUACAUUCAUUAUAUAAAUUAGAAACAAAUCCUUAUGGUACAACAUAUUCAUUAUAUUCUUAUAAAGAAGAAAUUGAUUGGUUUAUUGAAACAAAACCUGAACAUCAAAAAAAUGUUCAAGAAAUGGGAUUAGCAUUUAAUGAAAAAAGAUUUUCUAUUGUACCUACUGUUCCUUCAAAACAUUCAUUAUAG